GGUUGAAGUUGAGUGGUUGAAAGUCAUGAUUCAAUAUUAUCCAUGGAAAAAAAAAGAGAGAGCAGUGGGGAUGAAAAACUGAAACCAAAGUCCCCGUAAGUUGUUUGUAUGUAUGUCUCUAAAUGGUUUGCAAACACAGAGUGAGAUGACCACCUGCUCUGCUUCUCUUACUUCCUCUUCUUUUCCUUGUCCGCCGACCCUUGUCCGAACCCGCUUCCCUCGCCGCGCCCAAGUCUCAGUACGAGUUACAAAUGAUUCGAACAAAACAGAGUUGCUUUCAGUUUCCAAAUCUGAAAACUCAGAGGCGGACAGGAUUGUUGAUGGGAUGGACUUCGGGGAGCUUUGCAAUGAGUUUGAGUGCAUCAGUAGCCCAUCAGUUGAAGCUACGGCGAGGCAGCUUGCGCGUGAUAUCCUAGAGCUUCGCCAGGGAAAUCGUGCUCUUGGUACCUUUGCCGUUUCUGUUAAAUACAGUGAUCCACUUAGAAGUUUUACUGGUCGGGAGAAAUACAAAAGACCCCUAUGGGCAACUGAUGCUCUUGAUGAACCUGUCGUGGGUGUGCAAGAAAUGUCAAUGUCAUCAACUAGUUUGUUAAACAUCAAAUGGACAUUAAAAGGAAAGCCUAAAUCGUUGGUUGCUGCUAUCGGAGGCGAUGUAAUUGUUAAAGUUAAUUCUCAAUUUACUUUAAAUCAAAUUAGCGGCCAAGUGAUUGAGCAUAAAGAGUUGUGGGAUCUAUCAGCUUCAUCAACAAUUGCUCAGGCAUACUUUUGGUCAUCUCGAAGACUUUUUUCCACUGUUGAGUUUGUAAAAGAUAUAACCGACUCUGCUAAGAACUUGUCAAGCCGAUUUCAGCCUGAGAAAGAGAAUACCGAGAUAUAUCCAGAUCCCCUCGGGGACCCCACAAAGUUCUUCCAACGAGAUGACAGCUUCCAGAGAGAUGCCUAUCAAAUUGCUUUAGUUCUGGCACUUGUGUAUUUUGUUGUACAAUUUCUGAAGACAACUUUGUAAUUAUGAAGUUGCUGUUACUUUUGAAUCUUGUCUUGUAAUUAUUGUUGCAUAUAAAGCGUAGAUGAAGUAUAUGAUAUAUGUAGUUAGUGUUUAGAAUACUUUGACAUUUAUUCAACAAAAGAAUGCGUAAAACAACAGAAAAUUACUUGUUUGGGGGUUUCAAAUUCUACUCUUAUUUGUUA